CAUCCAGUGCAGUUCUGACUACUAUUAACUAAGCGCGUUCCUGCGUUUCCUUGCCCCCUCAUAAGGGCGUAUUGACUUUUGUACAAAAUAUUUUUUCACACAGCAUACACACACAUACAAUAAAUACAUAAAUAUAAACUUAAACAUUUUAUUCAAAGUAAAAUAAUUCCAUAAAGUAUUAAGGAUAUAUAAAUCGAAAGUAUGCAGAAAACGCUAACGAAAACUCAUCAAACGAAUAGCUAACUUCAAGCCGUCACAUACGUAUACGUAUAUGUAGCAUAUUUUUAGGUGCUCUUUGCUGUUAAGCUGUGUAAAUGGUGAAAGUGCAGAAUAGUGUCAAAGUGUUUAGUGUGUCGUCAGUGGAAAAAAUCCAAAUGCAAAUAUCCGUCAUGUAAAAAAUUUUCGGUUUCAAUACAUUUUUGGUUUCGUCAAUAGAUUUCAUCGUUGUUGUGGUAGUGUUGCGUUAACUCAAUAUUUUGCAGAGAAUUUAUUUGAAUUUUUCGGCUAAGAAUAUCGAUUGAUGGCCUUGCAUAAGUCCAGUUUAGCAAGUGUUGUAUCUGGGUAUUUGCGGACACAGACACACACAUACAUAUGUACUUACGCCUGAGCAUACACAGGCGCACAUACGCGCAUAGCUGCUUUGCCGUUUCCAUCUGUGCGUAUUUGUGUGUGUGUGCGCGCGAGUAAGUUCGUGUGUUCAAAAAUAAGAAUUGAUUUAAAUGCCGUGACGCUGCAAUCACACAGAUUUAGAUUUACAAAUCAACACAACGCAGCAGCAGCAGCAGUGCAAAACCAAAAAAAAUACAAAUAAGAAGAAGAAGCAUAACAAUUCCAAAUUUGCAAAGAAGCAAACUCUUCAACAACAACAACAAAAGGAACAAACUCAAUGACGGCUAUGUAAACGGGAAAACGAGCGUGGAAACACAAAGAAUUGAGAAAGAGUAGAAAGGAAAAUGAACGGUGAAGCAGAGGAAGCAGAAAAAACUGUAGAGAGUUAUUUAAUUAAAAAGAAACAAAUUAAUUUAAUUUGGAAAAUAGAAUAAACACAUUUAGUUUAUAAGUUGAACGAAAAACUCUGGCUUUACAUAAAAAAAUUAAGAGAUUAAAAAAUUAAUAAAAAAAUUAAUGAAAAAAUUAAUAAAAUAAAAAAGUAAAAAAUGAAAAAUUAUGUAAAAAGGAAAUUGGAAACGUAAGACUGGAAUGAACGUGAAAAACUUGAAAUUACUGAACUGCUUCUUGGAGCAGUUGCAACUAGAUAAAAAUGUAAGCAAAACAGGCUUUAACAAAAGUUAUUAAAGAGACGUUUAAAAAUAUUUCAAGCCAACAAAACAAAACUUGAAACCAGCCAAGAAGCGGAGCAGCUGAAGCUGGAAAAAAAUGUAAGCAAAAAAAAAAUAAUUGAAAAAAAGUAGAAAAAAAGUCGUUAAGAGGCGUUUAAAAAUAUUUCAAGGAUCUGUGCAGGGCAGCAAUAAACGUUUGAAAAACAGCGAAGAAGCAGAGCAACUGAAGCUGAAAAAAAAUCAACAGCAAAUGCACUGCUGACAUGAAUCUGUGUGCGAAUAACAACAACAACAGCAGAAAUUAUUUAUUUACGCUGACUAUAAAAGUCUAUUCAUCAGGCUGUUAAACAGUGUUGUGCAGUUUUUAACACAAACAAAUACAAGCACGCAGUGACAACAACAAAAUCAAACAAUAAAUGCAUAAAAAGCUCACGUUGACACUGUCACAAAUACAAAAAGCUGCUAAAAAUUGAAGAAAAAAAUAGAUAAAAUUUAUAAUAAAAUGAUAAAAUAAUAAUAAAAAAAUAAUAAAAAAAUAAAAGAAGAAUGCUAAUAAAGGCCUAACAACAAAACCAAUAAUAAAAAAGGCAAAUCACAACAACAACAACACCAACGAACGCUAAUCGCCAACAAUAAACAACAAAGCAACCCAACAUCACUCCAACAACAUCAACACCGAAUUCGAUUAAAUCAGCUGCAUACUCGUAUGUAGUUCUUACAACAACAAUAACCCAUGCACAUCCACACACGCACCCAAAUGGCGACUCUACGCACACCACCCAAUCACGCACGAGCACUCCAGCUUGCAAGCAUUGAAAGAAAGCAAAAGUGAAAAAAUGAUGGGGAAGUAACCAAAACAGUAAAAAAAGAACCAAAUCGGGUGCUAAACGCAGAAGCUAAAAAGAUUUAUGACCAUCAAAUAUUAAAGUUGCCAACUACUAUGCGACGCAUUUUUAACGUCUGCAAAUAACAAAACAAAAAAAAACGUAACAGAAACGAGUGAAAAAACACACCAAUAAACAGCAGCAGCCGUACAAAUAACCAUCAAGGACCAAAGGCGACGACUGGGUCAGACCAGUAAAGCAGGCGCGUCAUCCGUAGUGCUUCGCUUGCGAGUGACUUCAGCCAGCAUUGGCCACGGUGGUGGGGCAGCGCGAGCACAACAUUAAAUAAAUUGCGAAAUUGUCACACACGCUUACGUACGAACAGUUUCGCUUCUCCACUCUCACUUCCCCCCUCCCGCGACAACAACGGAUGAAUAUCAACUGCAAUUAUAGCACAAUCUAGGCACAAUCUCACUAUCCACUAACACGCGCAGCAGCUGAAGGAAGGCGCAGCAGCAGCUAGUGAAAGCAGUGGACAGCUCAGAAGUCGUGAAGAAUGGCUGUGGCGAUGCGACCAAAUGGUUUACAUCACGCAGUUUCACUAGGCACCAUCGAGGUGGCGUCUAAGUCAGCGGCUUCUAGCCAUUACGAUCGCAGUUACGACUCCGAAGAUGAGAAUAUGAGUCGACGCCGUUUACGACACACCUCCUCCACAGAACUGUAUCCGCGUCCAUCCGUUUAUUCGAAAGGCGAUAUACGCGAACAGUACUGCCUAACUGAUCGUCAGCUGCAUAGCAUCGAGAGGCCGCGUCGCGAUCGUUUCUUUGGCUGUCUCUCGAGGCGUAGCGGUGUGCCGCAAUCCUUUCUGGGUGGCUGUGUGGGGCGUCGAGUGCCCUCCGACGAGAAUUUAGCUGCUUACGCACCAUUCUACAAGUAUCCGCGCUAUCAACGACCAUUUCCCAAUCACGACGAUAAAUCACCUGACUCCGAUAUGGAUAGUUCCUAUUUUAGACGACAACCAGCUUCAAUAUUGAGCACUGCGAAAAUGCAAGACACUGGUGGUGGUGGUGGUGGUGGCGUCGGUGUCGGUGUCGGUGUCGGUGUCGGUGUAACACCAGGCGUCAACAUGGGGGCGGGCCCAAGUCAACGCUACUCUUGGGUGGGCGUUCAAACAGGAAUUGGAAAUGAGAAUAUCAACUUUACGAACGACCCAAGCGCAAGCCUGACUUGCUGGCUAACACCGACUGACUACCAAUAUCGGAAUAUUUAUAUGACGAAUUGUUUUGCACUUUGCGCACAGAAUCAUUUUCAAAACUUCACUAAACCACUCGAAAAUGUUUGUUCGUACCACUAUCCCACCCAUGUCGGACUGCCAGCCGGCCAACAACUACAAAUGGGCGGCACAACACCGAGAACAAAGCAUGUCAGCUUCGCCCGUUCGCAUACACUCACCUCCUUCGACGAUGUCAAUUUGGGCUUACGUUCCUCUGGUCGCAUGAAGACCGCACGCAGCCAAGAGCGUCUAAUUGGCGGCAAGAAACCGAUCAUUGCCACUGGCUCUUUGUACGAGUCUAUACAACUGCCAACUCGUAUAGGCCAACCAACUGCACUGCAUCCACAACAGCAAAUGCAACAACAGCAACUGCAACAACAGCAAAUGCAACAACAGCAACAGCAGCAGCAGCAGCAAUCUCAUCCGCCGUCUAAUUAUAUUACGACUUUACCGCCCACGAUCGCCAUGCAUCCACAUCAACAGGCUGUCAUACAUCAGCAUGCGCCACACAUCCAUCCACCGCAUGGGCAUGGCCAUUCACAUCAACAUCAUCAUGGACCGCCUAUUCAUAUACAUCAAUUUGUGCCGGCAGCUUUUGCCGGCUCAGACUUGGGAGCUCAGGUGCAAACUGAACAACCGAUUUCUUUGUUAUCCGGCAGGCCACUAUCGCACAUGGAUGACAUACCACUUGGUGUCGGUGGUGCUGGAGCGACGCAUGGUGGCGUCAUGCCCGCUGGCUUAGGGGUGUUGACAUGCGCCACGCAGGUACUUGCACCACCUAGUCCCGAAGUGCUGGUUGUGGAGAAGAAGUUUCGCAAUGCUAUGAAAACACAGGCCACGCAAACGGAGCUCCGGAAAGAUGGAUUUACGCAGGUCUUGGCGCUAAGUCCAAGAACGAUGCAUAAAGUUAAGGUGGUAUCACAAGGCGCACAAACGAAUGGUCUGCUGAAUGGAAAGAAGCUCACAAAGAGUCUGUCAGAAAUGCCGAACGGAAAAGUUGUACCGGGCGCAGAUAUCGGACAAAUCAGAAGUUUUGUCGACCAUAGCGCCGUGUAUCGCACCCAAUCAGAGGAGCCGCCGAAGUCGCCACUUGAUCUCGACGAUCCGAACAAUAUAAACUACUAUGAACCGCCACCUCCACUCGACACAAUUUCCUACUACAGCCGUCGCUCAUCACAACUACCCUCCGAGGAGAGUACACCCUUCUUUCCCAAGGACGCAAUUGCCUUCGAUUAUGAGAGCAAUAGUUUGCCACGGCGCGCUUGUACAUUCCAUCGUGAAAGCAGUUUUAGCUCGAACAGUCUGCCCCGCCGUGAGCCACAACAUGCGCACGAGAUUUGCAAGCACAUUACCGAGUGCACGGAGUUAAUGGGUGACAUUAAUGGUGGUGUUGGUGGUGGGUUGCUAGAUUUCUCUAAACCUCACCUGCUACCACCACCCAGCGAAUACUGUAGAGAAGCCGAUGAGCCACUGACAUCCACGUCUACGCUCACAGCAGAGCCGAGCGGCGCAAGCGGCGUGCCCGAAGUUGUGGAAGUGAAUCGACGCAAGUCGAUGGUAGCCACGCUGCCGCCACCGGAUGUCGAUAUUACACCUACACCCUUCAGACGCGAUGACAUACGCCGUCAAUCAAUGCCCAUCUAUGUGAAAACAGAGAAAUUGAUUGAUGGCUUUGGACCACGCUCUUCAUUUCGCUCGAAAACCAAACCAAAGACGGUGGUGGCUGGUGGAGAUGUAUUCGAUGAGAAGGAGAUAUUUAUAGAUUUUAAGCCGCAUGUUUCGCUGAAAACAGCUGCACAAGUCGCGCAAGCUCAAUACAGACCUCUAUACAAGCCGCUGCCACCUCCGCCGACAACGGAGGAAAUAACACAGCAAAGAGUAGUGGAAGAAUGCGAAAACUGUCGUGCACUGCAGGAAGCCGAACCGCGCUCAUCAGUUAGUGAAGAUGAUUACGAAGAUGGAGCUGAGCAGGAACGCCAACCCGAAACAGAAGAAGAUAAAACACAUUUGGAGGUAAGCGAUCAGCAUGAUCCGCUCUACGAGAAUGUGCCAAGUGUCUAUAAGCCCAUGAACGUGCCGCGUGUGGCAGCCGAGCGACGAGCCAGCAUGCGCAAACGUUCCGUAAGUUUAGAUGAGCAAAGCGUUGCACCGGAAAAGUGUAUUGACGUGUCGGCACCACCCAGUCCUUGCCGCGAGGAAUUGCUAUUUGCGAAUGCAUCCACAUACCCAUCAUCAGACUCGUUGGCGAACGAUGUGACACGCGAUCAUUCGGAUGGUAUUUGGAAUGAGUCACAGGUCACGGUGCUAACUGCCGAACAAAAGGAGGGCUCUGAAGGCUCGUAUACCUCGAAUAUGUUAUUGACGCCAACGUCGAGGCGAAAAAAUCUAUUGCUACAACACCAGCAACGCAGCUCGGUGGACACAGAUGCAUUAGAUUUGGAGGACACGCAAGUCGAUUUGAGUCCCACUUAUGGAAUUGCAGUGAGCCCGCUGUCAAACGUGUCCAAACCAGUUAAAAGUGGCACUCCCAUCACGCAGCAGCCACAAGCAAGCCGUGAACUCAAGUCGACCACACUAACCGUGCCACUGAAUAUCACCCCACCCUCUAUUGCGGUCACACCAAGUCUGCCGGUGGCUAAGGAAACGUCACCUAAGAAAUCGCCGGGCACCAGCAAGCGCAUCAUACAGGAGUUACCUACAUUGUCAUGCGAUGGACGACGCACCUCUGACGUGCAACUGACGCGUGCCUCAAUAGACGCGACCACAGCCAACAAGUUCAAUAACCACACUGAUGUCUCCGAGUGCAGCACGAAUACGGAUGAAUAUGCCACUUGUACCGACACAUCGAAGCGCACACCAGUUUCCACACAAAGUUCACAAAUCGACCGCACCCAAGGCUCAUCCUUCGAGAGCGCCUCCUCGCUCUAUUCAACACGUGGUGAUAUACUAACCGAAGACAUACUGCAACACGACGAAAAACCCACUAAGUCACAUAAGAUCGAGCGCGAAAUGCAACUGAAGUCGCCUGUAUCCACGGCCGAAAUGACUAAGCGUUCACCCUCGCACUCGAUUAGUAGCACAUCCUCGAGCAGCUAUAAUGUGGCUGGGUUGAAAACACCAUCGCCAUCAGCAAAGGAUGCUGAAAAGCGUGUAGACAUUCCUGAGAAGACAGUAUCCAAACCGGCACUACCAGCGAGUGUUAUACAGCCUGCAGCCACCGAGCCUGUAAGUGGCCGCGAGAAGCCACGCAUCAAACCCGAGUCCAUAUCGGAUGAUGAACGCAGUGAAGUGCGCUACUCAUCUUCUGGUUACUACGAGAGUCCACACGAUGAUGAGCAUCUAAUAAAGUCACGUCGUCAUCGACUCGACGAGGAGCGCAAACGUCGUAAAACUACAAUGAAAUUAGACAUCGAAAAGGAGAAUUUGCGCGCGCUCACCAGCCCAAUUAAGAAGUUACCGGCAGCGACAGCGGGAGCUCAGGUUCCAUCUAUAGCCGGCGCAAAGGAUAAGCUGCCCGAAAAGCAAACCACCAGCGGCACAACGCACGUAAUCGACACAGCAAGUCCGAACCGCAUUAAACGUUUCCGCCCGAAAAUACGUCGGCAGCUGAGACGUAGUUCGCGCGAUGAUAGCACGCCGAAAAGACAGAAGAACCUAGUCAAUCUAUACGGCAUACCACCGACAGCGGGUAGCACCGAAAAGCUGCUAGACUACAGCGUUAGCCUUAAGAAGGAGGAACGUGAAGAGUUGCCAGUUGCCGAAUGUAAGACGAGUAAAGUCAUCACAUCGCCACAAACAACAACGAAAACCAAAACUUCCUCGGAUGUUUGUCAGUUGAAAGCAAAAUCCAUAGAAUCGUUGCGCUCUGUCUCACCAGGCUCAGAUUCGGUAUUCUAUAGUGAGGCUGAUGGACCAACACAAGAACCGCAUAGUCACUGCUUGCAUUGCGGCAAAGGUGGUGAGGGCCAGACUACGCAUAUAAGUGCAUUGGCUGGUGACUCAGUCGAAUCGCUGCCAUAUAUUGAGAACGAGCAUGAACAGGAUAUUGUGAAGCCUCCAUCAGACUUUGCAGACUCACCUGUGACUACUAAAACUACACAGCGGCUCUACAAGAAAAUGGAUAAACGUUUUCGUUCCGAAGAGCGUUAUCAUGGCGGCGAGCGUGGACGUCACUACAAAACGCGACAGGAGAAUAUACGCGCAAAGAGCGAAGAACGUAGUCGCGAAAGUGUACACACUCGCAGUCCACAAAGCUUACGUCCAGCUGGUUCCAGUCCAUGUGUUCUGCCCGAUGCCGCUGUUGAACAGAGUCAGCAGAUCAUCUAUCGCGGCCACUACGAUCCUGCGCGUUAUUCGCGUCUCACCGAUGCAGAUGUCUGGACACAGUUGAAUCAUCAGAGUUUUGAUCGUCAUCGUGACCGCCGCCCAUCAACGGAGUCUGAGCGCAGUUUUCAUUCAAAGUACCAAGUCAUACUUCAUCGCCUGGUGCAGCGUCGUUGCACUUUGGAAAUGUACCAUCGACAGCGCAAUAACAGUUUUCGUAAGUUGAAAGAGAUAUGUAAGAGGGUGUCCGGAAUUUCAUUCUCUUCGUUGCUACUUAUUUUUACAGAACUAAUCACUUCGAAUUCAGCAAUAGAUUCGUUGCGCCGAAAGCUGGAAGAUGUGUUGAAAUUGAUGCUCUUAGUCUGGGCACGCGAAUCGCAUGUAAUCUCCAAGAUUACAGCCGGCGAAAGGGGCGUUGACAAAACUAUUGUGGUAAAGAGUGAAUCCGGCGAAUUCGGCUUUCGCAUACAUGGCUCGAAGCCGGUAGUCGUUGCCGCUAUUGAACCAGAAACACCCGCCGAAAGUUCUGGUCUCGAAGUGGGCGACAUAAUUAUCUCUGUGAACGGCGUCGAAGUGUUGGAUAAACAUCACACCGAGGUGGUGAAGAUUGCGCACGAUGGCUGCGAAAUACUCGAGUUGGAGGUGGCGCGCACCAUUGGCGUACUCAUGCACGAGCAGCAGGAGCCACCCAGCCAACCGAUCUUUAGCGGCUAUUUGUGGCGGCAGAGCGGUCAGGCGAAAGGCGCACCAAAUACGAAGAAAUGGGUGCGACGCUGGUUCUCGCUGCGGCCAGACAAUUGCCUUUACUACUACAAAACAGAGGAUGACACACAACCCGUUGGCGCUAUGAUCAUGGCUAAACACACAGUUGAUCACUGCCCGCCAGAGGUCGGCAAGCCGCACGCCUUCAAAAUUGAUUCCGGCGAAGGUAUACCACUGUAUGUGGCUGCUGACUCCGAGGAAUUGUCCAGCCGUUGGAUUAAGUUGCUGAAGCAAGCGGCCACACAGGGCACACCCUGGCUAGAUAAUUGCGCUCACAAUCUCUAUCAACCACCGAGCAGCAUUACACGUCCGGACUGUUUUGGCUACCUGCUGAAAUUGGGCUCCCGCUGGUGUGGCUGGUCGAAACGCUACUGUGUACUGAAGGAUGCUUGUUUGUAUUUCUAUCAGGAUGCGAAUAGCAAAACGGCAUUUGGUAUGGCGUGCCUGCAUGGCUAUAAGGUUUCGUCAAUGUCGACUAACGCCUCUGGUAAGAAGAAUUCCUUUGAGAUUAUUCCACCAGAGACUAAAUUGCGGCAUUACUAUUUCUGCACCGAAUCUGAGAUGGAUAAAAAGAGAUGGAUUUCGGCUCUUGAAUAUUCCAUCGAUCGUUGGAUAAAAUCUGGGUAACUAAAGUUGAGAACGAUUGGGAGUAAACGCAAGCGUAGUUUCAGUUACUACUUGGAGUGAAAUGUGAGCAAAGUGGAAGCACUGGGAAUGCAAAGCGCCAAAACGGAUUGAAUUUGCUGCCAAAAUAACCCAAAUAUGAAAAAAUAUUUUUGAAAAAAAAAAAUAAAUUAAACAGAAGUGAAAACCUAUAGAUUAAGCAUAGUUGGGCAAAGCAAGUAGAAAUAAAAGCACAAAUGAUUACUAUAGUUUAAGAAUUCGAAAAAUUUUUCGAAAGAAAAGAAACUGCAUAAAAAAAAGAGAAAAGUAGCAGAAAGAAAAACAUAAAAACUAGCGGGCUUAAGCAAAUGAGGAAAAAGCGACAAAGGUUUACAAACCAAGUAGAAAAUAUUUUUGAAAUUGCUGUAAAUAGUUCAAUUUGAAAAAUUUAAAUUUUGAAAAUUGUAAGAUUUAAAAUUUAGCAAAUUUAAUAAGUCAAAAAAAAAAAAAAAAAAAAAAAAAUAACUGCUGAUAAUUAGUUUUAUGUAAAUACAUAGAGGCCAAAGUUAAGUAAAAUGGAAUUUGAUUUAAUUAUUGUAAUUUAUUGGACUAAAGAAAAAUAGAAAUUUCAGCAUUUAAUGGAAAGUGAUUCUAAUUGCCAACCAACACCACAAAUUAGAGUGACGAUCACUAAAAAUAGCUUUAGAGGAUAUUGCAGAAAAUAUACAUAAAUUAUAUUAAAUAUUAUUAGCGAAUAAAAAGUAAUAGGAAACAAAAC